AUGUCACUUCCACUGAUUCUGAGCCCCCAGAUUCUGGGGCUCGCGACUGACGGUUUGAUCCAUCUGGGUAGGUUUACUUUUACGUAUAAAUAACAUUAUUUCAAUACAACACAUUUUUAACCCAAUUUAUUGUAAACUCAUAUGUUUUUCACUUUUUGAUUCAGAAAAUAUUGCAGGGAAGCUCAGCUUCAUCCAGAGGGAAGGAAAUGCAACUUACGUGCGGGACAAGGAGCUGGCCUCGGAGGUUCCAACCGAGACCAAGUUCGAACUGUUCGAUCCAAGGAACACUUUACGCACCGCCAGAUUCACCUAUACCUGGGACUUCGGCAACGGGUAGGCCUGUGUGGACUUCGCCUGUUUAUCAUCGAAUAUAUGUUUUGUAGUUAUCCUUUUUAUAGUUAAGGCUAUACAUUUAAAUAUUAUGUGGUUGUUUUAUUUUUUCUUUAUGUAUUUAUUCGAUGUUGUGUGGUGCUGUUUUUUACUGUAGGGAUUACUGUUGUUUUCUAUUGUCUUGUCAGUGUUGGAUGUAUUCCAUCAGGGACCACGUUAGAAGCAAGUGGAAUUGCUUUAACGUGUUAUAUCUGGGUUGUCCUCAGUGAAUAUUUAUGCCCAAUAAAUAAUCAAUCAAUAUUCUGGUUUUGUAAGAGAGGUGCUAAAGGGAUCGGAGCCGUCUGUGUACUAUAACUACUCCUCCUCUGGAAACUACACUCUGCGGCUGAGAGUCGGGGCCCAAAUGAACAAAACCUCUACACUAACUGGGGAAUAUACCAUGGAUUUUACAGUUUUGGGUAGGUAGACGGAAUACCACAUUUUUGUUGAUAAUUAUUUGGUUUGAAAUGGUGUGUUUUGGCAAUGUUGAGAGGACAUCUCUCAUUAAUUUAGUGAAAUCCGUUUUUAAAUAUCACAUUAGGUCUACCAUACAGCAAGUGUCGCCAACAAUUGAGGUGUAUUGCAUAUCUCUGCUUUUUUCCAGACGCCAUCAGAAAUAUUGAGUUGAAGAGCCCUUUGAUAUUCCAGGUUUCCAGAAACAACAGUCUGGCUGUUCAUGUGGAUGGAAGGUGGGUACAAUUUCUCAGUAGGCCCACACAAUUAACACAUACAACAUCCUAAACAUGUAUAACACAUAAAAGAAUCAGCUCAUUUAUUCUCUCUCACUCUCUCUCUCCUCUCUCUCGCUCACUCUCCUCUCUUGCUCUCCCCUCUCUCUCUCUCUAUCCCCCCCCCCCCCCUCUCUCUCUCUCUCUCUCUCUCUCUCUCUCUCUCUCUAGUCCUCCCAUGUGGGUCUGCUGGAGGUUCCUACAGAACUGUGUAUCAGCAACCCCUACAGGCUGUCACCUGACCAUGCUGUAUGAGAACACCAUGAUACUGAACCACACCUUCACAUCUUUAGGAGUCCACUGUCUGGACAUCAGCGCCCGCAACGACAUCAGCAAACUGCAGACCUCCUACAGCAUCUUUGUGAGGAGAGAUCGUAAGUCAGGUGUUAUCAUGAGGUCUGUGGAGAUUUGGUCCACUUUAGUCACGCUAGGCAGAAGCUACAGUACAGUACAGCACACACUUUGUCCUCUCACUAUCAAUACAGUAUAGACUGUUUGAUAUAGUACAAAUGAUCCAUCUAUUAGUACAGUGUCGCUCAGCGGUUCUGGUAACACAAGGGGUUUGAUGAUAAUUUACCUCUUUAGAUUUCAUAGUUCUUCCUGUAAUCUCAAACUGAACCGAGUGAUAGUGUGUUCAGAUAAAUGAAAAGACAUCAGUGGGACAGUGGCCAGGGUUGAGGAAUGUAGCUAAGGAGUUCUGGAGGAGGGCAAUUUAACGGUAGGACCCACACCCCAUACUGUAUAUGUCUCCUGUGGUGAAUUGAUUUGUGGUGGAUGGUACGGUUACAGAGGAGUUUCAGGAAGCUUGUGAACUCAUUGUAAUGCAUAACAAAUAGAUUGUUUAAAACCAGAAGACUAAAAGAAUGAUGAAUGAUGGUUUGUGUAAAUAGGAACAUGAUUCAAUGGUGCACAAAGUUAAGAAGAGGAGACAUGCUAAUAAUCAUGUAUGCAGACACUGGGGAGUAUGACAAUUACUAAUUGGGAGAUAAUUGUAAAAAGAAAAUCAAUUCUGCUUGCAGAACUUCUGACCAAUAUUGAAGCUUGUCUAACUGCAUCAUGGAAUACUGUAGAUAAACAGUUCUCUCUUUGUCUUCUGAUAGCCUCCAAUAUCCUGCUCUUCAUCAUGUGUACUUGGAUCAUCUUGGCAAUCCUCGCCUUCAUCACUGUUAUAGCUUGUCGCCAUAAGAAAGGACAUAACAACAAACCACAGGUAGGAAGGAGACUAAUAGAGGGACUUGUUGAAGAAUGUUAGGCGCUGUUUCAAUACUCCUCCUAAAGAAAUGAGGCUAUUCUACAAUGUGUCCACAAGGGGGUGAUCUAUACCUAGCAAAUUGACUAAGGAUCAACUCCAAAAAUUGGCUGUAACCGUAGAAAGCACUGUCAAGCUGUGUUGUAGUACUAGAGUACAGGACUCAGACUUGACUCAGACUCGACUCACGAUUCUCAUUACUCAUGACUCGACUUGGACUCGACCAGUAGUGACUUUGUUUUCAGAAAAUCUCUUCCUUUUGCAUAAUUUAACAUACUAGCGAGCAGCAAAUGUUUGUUAGAUAGCUGUAUUAUCUAAUCAGCCUUACAAAAGUGCAAACAUUGUAAUGAAAGUUUUCUUAAAAAAUGGUUGGACCGCAGCUUUUAGCACUACCAAGGGACUCGUGACUUGAGUAUAAAGGACUCGGACUUGGAUCUGGACUCAAGGUUUACUGGAAUCUACAUCACUGCUGUCAAUUGAUGGGGAUUUGCACAGACGGAGAUAUCGUGGACGUAGGUCGAGGUGCCUUUUAAGGAUCCGACGGCGAGCGAGUAAACUGCCUCUUCCAUCAAUCCUAUUAGCCAAUAUUCAAUCAUUUGAGAAUAAUUUAGAUGACCUAAGAUUACGGUUAUCCUACCAACGGGACAUUAAAAACUGUAAUAUCUUAUGUUUCACCGAGUUGUGGCUGAACGAAGACAUGGACAACAUACAGCUAGCGGGCUAUACGCUACAUCGGCAGGAUAGAACGGCUGACUCCAUUAAGACAAGGGGUGGCGGUCUGUGUAUAUUUGUAAACAACAGCUGGUGCACAAAAUCAAAUAUAAAGGAAGUCUCGAGGUUUUGCUCGCCUGAGGUAGAGUAUCUUAUGAUAAGCUGUAGACCACACUAUUUACCAAGAGAGUUUUCAUCUAUAUUUUUCAUAGCUGUCUAUUUACCACCACAAACCAAUGCUGGCAUUAAGAUGAACUUAGAUGCACUGAAUGAGCUGUAUAAGGCCAUAAGUGAACAGGAAAAUGCUCAUCCAGAGGCAGUGCUCCUAGUGGCCGAGGACUUUAAUGCAGGGAAACUUAAAUCCGUUCUACCUCAUUUCUACCAGCAUGUUAAAUGUGCAACCAGAAGAAAAAAAACUCUAGACCACCUUUACUCCACACACAGAGACGCAUACAAAGCUCUCCCUCGCCCUCCAUUUGGCAUAUCUGACCAUAACUCUAUCCUCCUGAUUCCUGCUUAUAAGCAACAACUAAAGCAGGAAGCACCAGUGACUCGGUUAAUAAAAAAGUGGUCAGAUGACGCAGAUGCUAAGCUACAGGACUGUUUUGCUAGCACAGACUGGAACAUGUUCCGGGAUUCUUCAGAUAGCAUUGAGGAGUACACCACAUCAGUCACUGGCUUCAUCAAUAAGUGCAUCGAUGACGUCGUCCCCACAGUGACUGUACGUACAUAUCCCAACCAGAAGCCAUGGAUUACAGGCAACAUCCGCACUGAGCUAAAGGGUAGAGCUGCCGCUUUCAAGGAGCGGGACUCUAACCCGGACGCUUAUAAGAAAUCCUGCAAUGCCCUCCGACGAACCAUCAAACAGGCAAAGAGUCAAUACAGGACUAAGAUUGAAUCGUACUACACCGGCUCUGACGCUCGUCGGAUGUGGCAGGGCUUGAAAACUAUUACAGACUACAAAGGGAAGCACAGCCGCGAGCUGCCCAGUGACACAAGACUUUCAGACGAGCUAAACCACUUAUAUGCUCGCCUCGAGGCAAGCAACACUGAAGCAUGCAUGAGAGCACCAGCUGUUCCGGAUGACUAUGUGAUCACGCUCUCUGUAGCCAAUGUGAGUAAGACUUUUAAGCAGGUCAACAUUCAAAAGGCCGCAGGGCUAGACGGAUUCCAAGCUUCCUGCCAUCCAGGACCUCUAUACCAGGCGGUGUCAGAGGAAGGCCCUCAAAAUUGUCAAAGACUCCAGCCACCCUAGUCAUAGACUGUUCUCUCUACUACCGCACGGCAAGUGGUACCGGAGUGCCAAGUCUAGGUCCAAAAGACUUCUCAACAGCUUCUACUCCCAAGCCAUAAGACUCCUGAACAGCUAAUCAUGGCUACCCGGACUAUUUGCACUGCCCCCCCACCCCAUCUUUUUACGCUGCUGCUACUCUGUUAAUUAUUUAUGCAGUCACUUUAACUCUACCCACAUGUACAUAUUACCUCAACUACCUCAACUAGCCGGUGCCCCCGCACAUUGACUCUGCACCGGUACCGCCCCCCCCUGUAUAUAUAGCCUCCCUACUGUUAUUUUAUUUUACUUCUGCUCUUUUUUUCUCAACAUUUUUUUGUUGUUGUUUUAUUAUACUUUUUUAUAAAUAAAUAAAUACAUUGUUGGUUAAGGGUUGAUUGUAAGCAUUUCACUGUAAUGUCUACACCUGUUGUAUUCGGCGCAUGUGGCCAAUAAAAUGUGAUUUGAUUUGAUUUGACAAUUUAGCCCAAAAACACAAAAAAAACCACUCAAGUGUGUCAGUGUAAAUGUUUAUAUUUGUUUGUAUAUUUAUUCUUUUACAGAUAUCUAAGUCCAGUAACGCCACUUACUCCAGCAUGGACAUGGAACUACAGCCGCAACAGGACAUCCCUGGUAUCACUAGUGAUAUCUAUGUGUCCAGGCCAAAGAAAGGAGAGGUCCAACCCCUUCUGCAGCACGGGACCAGAUCUGUUGCCUACUCCUGCCGCAUCUAG